UCGGUUAAAUAGCCUAGUGAAGUGAAAAAUAUGUCUGCGAGCAUGGAGACAGACCCAGAGGCAAUGCACAUGGAAAACAUUGCAAGGCUGUCAGACCAAGCCAUCCAGCAGUACGAGGGCCUGCGGAGGGAGCACGAGAAGACCAAGGCUGAGCUCAAGCUGAUGAAGGAGGAGAGGGACGCUGCCCUGAAGAAACUUGAAGAUUUUGAAAGAGUGUCUCAUGGGGUGAUCAAGGAGGUGAAGAACAUCCAGGAGAACCUGGAGAUUGAGAAGACCUGUAGGGAGAGUGUGGAAGCUCUCGCUACCAAGCUGAACCGGCAGAACCGCUCUCUGAAGAGGAAGAGUAUGAUGUUUCUGGCUCAGCUUGGUCCUCAGGCCAUCACUGAGAUCAACCUGGACGAGGAAGACGAGGAGGACGAGGAAGAGGAGGAAAAGCAGUGUAGCUCAGUCCAGUGUCAGACGGUCAUCUCAGGGCUCCGGGAGAAGCUGGAACAGGCCCUGGAGGAGAAGAAAGUCGUGGGAAACCAAAUGGAGGAUGCAAAAGAGCAGCUGGCAGGCGCUCUAGAGGAGCUUGUGACAGAAAAGCAGCAGAAUUCACUUCUGAUUGCCAAAACAGCCCAACAAAAGCAGCUCUUGGGGAAAUAUGAUCGAGUGUCUGUGUUUGCUGUGGAGGAGUUUGAAGCCCUCGAGGAGAGUCUGGAGUUAGAGAGAGACCUUCGUUCUGAGGCUGAGAAGUUUGCUAGAGAGAUGUUGGCGGAACAGAAGAAGAUGAAGAGACAGAGUCACAUCCUGCUUCAAAGUGUUUCCACCAAUGAGUCGCUGCAGAAGGCCUUAGGGGAGGUGGCCAAGCUAAGCCACGCCCUCGAGAGCCAGGCCCUCCAGCACCAGCAUCAGAUGAAGGCCAUGGAGGAAAAGCUGAACUCGUCCGACUUGCUGAAGGAAGUGGCGGCUCUGCAGCGCAAAACGGAACUCCUGCAGGAAGAGAAGAGGGAAUGCUGGGAGAUCCGCACCAAGGCCGAGACCGAGGCCAAGGACCUCAGGUUCACAGUGGAGGAGCUCCAGAAGAAGCUUCAGCAGGCCACCAACCCCACCCCCUCCUCCACCCCUCCACCUCCACCACCCCCUCCUCCUCCUCCACCGCCCACACAGAGCCUACCCGCUAACCCUCUCAGCACACUAUUAGCAAUGCUGCGCAAAAAGAAAGCCUCGGAUGUGGAAAUCCCUCUUGUUGAACAGGACUCCCCAGCCAAAGAACCAGAAAAAGACAUCCGGCAGCAAGCGGUGGAGGAGAUGAUGAUGCGUAUUAAAAAGGGGGUUAACCUGAGACCCGUGAAGCAGGAGCCUCAUCAAGCCAGACCACUGCAGCGACAGCAGAUCCCCUCCAGCUCUGCCAUCCAGCAGCUCAGAGGCAUUCUGGACACUGUCCAUCAGACUCCCCACUCCACUCCUCGCACCCCUGCGCCUCGGGACACACACACACCCUCAGAGCUGGAGGUGGCGUUACUACGGCGACGAGGUGUACUCAAGAGCAGCUCACAGAACAGCCAAGAAGAAAGCUCAGUCACUCAGAAGCAGUUCCCCAGCAGUAUUCUGGACUUGACCCGGGUCCGAAAGCAGGCCCCGCCCACGUCCGGUCAGCCCUUGUUGGAUCCGCCUGGCUGCCUUGUGGUGGAACCUGCUCAGAACCACCCAGUGUUCAACCCAGAACAGCCGCCAGAACCAACAUCUGACCAGAACUCUGAGAAGCUGGAACAGAUUUCUCCAAUGUGAAUGCACAUAAAAGGGACGGAUGAGGCCCGAAGAAAAGGAGAAGAGAGAACACAGAGAGAAGAGAGAGAAAAGCACAGGGAUUUCCUGCUGAGUCUCACACACACACACACACACACACACACACACACACACUGAAUGAGAGGAAAGCAGCACGACUGCCACCUCUUCACCGUUCCUCACAAACACAAAUAGAGGAUGGAAAUCCAGCAUAAGGAAGCCACAGACUGGGCCCCAGAGCAGGACUAAAGCUCCACUCUAAAACUCCACUCUUAAACAGACUAAAAUUCCACUCUAAAACAGCAGUUGGAUCGGGCUAAAACUCCACUCUAAACUAGAUUGGCUGGAUCGGUCCACUCUUUCAUUAUGAUUGGCUGAGUCGUGUUCAUUGUAAAAAAACUGCUACUAUUCACGUUGAACCCAUGACGUUUUUUUUAUAUUACUGUGCCAUGAAUACUACACCACUCCAAAGUCAUGCCUAACAAUGCCCCUUAGCUGUUCUAAAACCACUAGAACCUACGACCUAACAAUGCCCCUUAGCUGUUUUAAAACCACUAGAACCUACGACCUAACAAUGCCCCUUAGCUGUUUUAAAACCACUAGAACCUACAACCUAACAAUGCCCCAUAGCUGUUCUAAAACCACUAGAACCUACGACCUAACAACGGCCCUUAGCUGUUCUAAAACCACUAGAACCUACGACCUAACAAUGCCCCUUAGCUGUUCUAAAACCACUAGAACCUACAACCUAACAAUGCCCCUUAGCUAUUCUAAAACCACUAGAACCUACAGGCUUGAUUUUAAAAAGCACUUCAGUGAUGUGAUAUCAGAUUUUUAAUGACAUUUUGUUGUCAGUCUUUAAGUCUUUAAAGGAGCGAUUUGUAGGAUUAUUACCGAACGUCAAAAUCAAAACACUGGUGAACGUUCUCAAGACUACCAGACGCGAGCCUCUUCUGGGUUGCCAGAU